ACGAAUCGUAUUAAUUCAUAUACCCCUUACACGAUCCCGCAAAUUGGUGACCCCGACGUGAUCGUGAAAAGUGGUGUUAAUGUGGUAGAUUGGUGUUUAUUCGUCUUUCAAGUUUCCGUGGACUCGGGUGUGUGUCGCGCCGCGUGAGUUCGGGCGAUUCGUUCAUUAAUUAUUACCGUAUACGGACAUUGUUUGAACAUUUAAAGACAUUUUCUAGACGUUAAGGAAUAAAUAUUUUUACGAUUAGUGUUGUACAAUCGAUAUUAGUUGAGACAAUGGAGACUAACUCGGCAGCAACCGUUUCCACUGCGUCUUCAAUAGAUCGUGUCGCGGUACGGAUCCCAGAUUUCUGUCCCGCUGAUCCAGAGAUGUGGUUUUGCAUGAUCGAACGAAGCUUUGAGGCGUCUGGUGUGUCGGUGGAAAAAACUAAAUUCGGGUAUAUACUAGGCGCGUUAGACCCGCGUUACGCAGCAGAAGUGCGUGACAUUAUCGUAGAUCCGCCUGACAGUGAACCCUAUCAAAAGCUCAAGUCCGAGCUGAUUCGUCGGUUAAGUUCGUCGCAAGAGCAGAAGACACGCAGAUUAUUGGAACUCGAGGAAAUGGGUGACAGGAAGCCAUCUCAAUUUCUUAGACACCUGCGCGGAUUAGCAGGUAAUGCGGUAUCCGACGCGGUUUUACGGACCCUUUGGAUGGGUCGCCUACCCACCAGUAUGCAGGUAAUCUUGGCGACACAGAAGGAUGUCGAGCUAAACCUUGUAGCGGAUCUAGCCGAUGCUAUUGCGGAUACACUGUCCCCUCGUACCAUGAUCGCCGAGGCAGCUCCGUCAUCUAACAAGUCCAAUCAGGAUCGUCAGGAUUUGGAGGCCUUAAUAAAUACGAAAAUGGCCCAAUUAACGGUGUCUUUAAGGCAGGAAAUAUUAGCUAUGCGCCAAGAAUUCGGCAAUGACGAACGGUUUUCACGCAGAUCUGGAAAUCGUCGAUCUGGUUCAAAUAUGCGGUCGCGAUCUCGUUCAGCCGCUCGGCGCCGUCAUGAUAGUGCGGGUUUAUGCUGGUACCAUAACAGAUUCGGUAAUAAGGCGAACAAAUGUAUUCAACCAUGCACGUGGAGCGGACCUGCCGUGGGAAACGACCAGGGCAGUCGUUAAUGGCGGCAGCCGAUCCUUGCCCUGUGUCUGGCCGCCUUUUUGUUACGGAUCUUGUAACUAGAAUUCAAUUUUUAAUCGAUACUGGAGCGGACCUUUGUGUUUUUCCGCGUCGUUUAAUGCACGGACAUCAUGAGAAGUCUUCUUAUGAGUUAGCUGCUGCGAACGGUACAGUCAUUAAUACAUACGGCACCACGACACUCACGUUGAAUUUGGGUUUGCGCCGCGAAUUCAUAUGGAGAUUCGUCAUUGCGGAUGUCUCCAAGCCCAUCAUCGGAGUGGAUUUCUUGUCCCACUUCGAUUUGAUGGUAGACAUCCGGAAUCAGCAAUUGGUGGAUCGGACAACUUCAUUAACUACCCGAGGUCGAUCGACAGGCUCAACGAGAGGUUCAAUUAAAACUGUAAGUGGCAAUUCAAUCUUUCAUCAACUUCUUGCAACGAUGCCAGAGAUUACGAGGCCAGGAGGUGUGCCGGUUGAAAUCAAACAUUCAACAAUGCAUUUCAUCUCGAGACCUUCCCCGGACCACCGGUUUCAUGCAAACCGCGACGUCUUGCACCUGGCAAGCUUAAGGCAGCGAAGGAAGAAUUCCAGGUUAUGAUGAAGCUGGGAAUAGUUCGUCCUUCGAAGAGUUCUUGGUCAUCUCCACUUCAUAUGGUUCCCAAAAAAGGUGCUGAUGAGUGGAGAAUGUGCGGAGAUUACCGUGCACUUAAUGCACGAACCGUACCUGAUCGUUACCCAGUUCGACACAUUCAAGAUUUUGCACAAGCUUUGCGGGGUAAGAAAAUAUUCUCCACUAUUGACUUAGUUCGAGCCUAUAAUCAAAUUCCUGUCGCCCCGGAAGAUGUGCCGAAAACUGCCAUUACGACACCAUUCAGUUUAUUUGAAUUUCCUUUUAUGUCAUUCGGACUUCGAAAUGCCGCGCAAACUUUCCAACGGUUUAUAGACGGAGUGCUCCGAGAAUUCGAUUUUUGUUUUCCAUAUAUCGACGAUAUUUUAGUAGCAUCAGACUCACCGGAAGAACAUCUUCAUCAUUUGA